AUGGCGCCAACAUUCGCAGAGGCUACGGCUAUCACCGCCACAGAUUCGCAUACAUAUACCGCCAACUUCAAUACGGAAUGGUGCGUUGGAUCAGUUCCUCACGGGGGCGUAGUGACUUCUGUCUUUCUUCGAGUCGCUGCAACCCAUUUCCGCACCACGCUUGCGGCGCAGAACCAGCCUCAUACAAUCUCGCUUCAUAUCGAAUUCUUGCGGCGAACUCAGGAAGGCCCGGCAACUCUAGUCGUUCGUGAUAUCAAGCUCGGUCGGCAGACGUCGACCAUCCAUGUCGCGCUGUCGCAAGAUGGCCGCGAGGAGAUCGUCGGCUACAUUACGCAGUCGAACGUAGACACCGAGACUGGUCUAUCUCUGAAAACCCUAUGGUCUUUAGACCCACCUCCACCUUCGCCGCCAGCGGAUUUUGCUGUGCUUUUAGCCGGUGGUAAGGAACCCCGUUGGGUUGAGUUGACGAACAAACCCUUUCCGAAGUUUCGCAAGAUCGCUCAUCGGGUCCGUACAUUUUUGCCGCGCGAUGGUCAGGUACUUCCCGGGUUAGCCGACGAAUGGGUACGCCUCGAUUCGGGCGAGAGAUUCACGAAUGAGAGUGUGGGUUUCGUAUGUGACCACUUCCCUUCCAUUAUCGAUGGACUAUGGCGUAAAGCGGAGGGCAACAAAAGUCCCCCGCCGUUUUGGUUUCCUACCGUAGUUCUUAACUUAGACGUCAAGAAGGUUCUGCCCCCCGAAGGAGUUGAGUGGUUAUUCGUGCGUGUUCGGACGAAGAGCGUCAAGAACGGAAGAAUGGACCUCGAAGUCGUCGUUCUAGACGAGACAGGCGAAGUUGUCGCUUUGAGUCACCACAUUGCCUUGAUCGUGGGGGCGGAAAGGAACAUGGCGGCGCGAAGAAAUGGUGAAACCAAAAUUUGA